AGUCGCACAAAUACAGAUACCAGCCGUGCAAGACUACAAGCAACAAGCCGCGCAUGAGUGUUCCCUCCGGCAGAAUGCCGUGGCACUCUCAGCUGAUAUCUCCCAACCCGUGGCAAUAAGCGAGUCCCCGCUGCUACUGUGGCGAGGUGACUGGUGGGGUGCGCGGGAUUGAGCCGCCUAUAUGAGCGGCCUCAUCAGCAGGAUCGGCAGCGGCGUCCGCUCACCGAUGGCGUCCGCGGCCAUCGCCGGCGUCGGCGGCACACAUAAGCGGCCGCGAUGGGCCAGUGUGAGCAUGGAAAGGACAAGAGUCAGGGGUUGUUGCAGCUGCAGCUGUAGCGGCACCAAGAUGGAGGCAGAACGUGGGGACACGAGGCUCGUGGUGAUCGUGGGGGCAACGGGCACGGGCAAGACCAAGCUGUCCAUCGACGCGGCCCUAGAGCUCGGUGGCGAGGUGGUGAACGCCGACAAGAUCCAGCUUUACCGGGGCCUCGACGUCACCACCAACAAGGUGAUGCCCGCCGACCGCCGCGGCGUCGCCCACCACCUCCUCGGCGCCGUCCGCGCCGAUGCCGGCGAGCUCCCCGCCUCGUCCUUCCGCUCGCUCGCCGCCGCCAAGGCGGCCGACAUCGCGGCGCGCGGGCGCGUGCCAGUGGUGGCCGGCGGGUCCAACUCCCUCAUCCACGCCUUCCUCACCAAGCGAUUUGAUGUCCACGCCCCUCGGGACCCUUUCGCCGCUGCGGCGACUGGAUACCGGCCGGCGCUCAGGUUCCCGUGCUGUCUCCUCUGGGUCGAUGUCGACGAGGCAGUUCUGGACGAAUACCUCGAUCGGCGUGUCGACGACAUGCUGGGUGAGGGCAUGGUCGAGGAGCUCCGUCAGUACUUCGCGACAACGUCGGCGUCCGAGCGGGCCUCGCACGCCGGGCUGCGCAAGGCCAUCGGCGUGCCGGAGAUCGGGGACUACCUCGCCGGGCGCAAGAGCCUCGCAGCCGCAGUAGACGAGAUCAAGGCGAACACGCGGGUGCUCGCGGCAGCGCAGGUCGGCAAGAUCCGGCGCAUGGCAGACGGCUGGGGCUGGCCCGUUCGGCGCCUCGACGCCAGCGGCACCGUCCUCGCGCGGCUCGCGGGCGCCGGGCGCGACGCCGAGGCCGCGGCCUGGCAUCGUGACGUGCGCGGGCCGGGCCUCGCCGCGAUGCGGCAGUUCCUGCGCAACCAAGGACACAAGGACGACGCCGAUGACGAGGACGGCUUGAGACAAUGCCGUGGCAUGGUGGGGUGAGAAGAACAGGGAAAAGCUCGAGAGCUUUUUCGGGUUCAAAAUUUUCUGAUAGGCUGCCGAUUUUGGAGGGCCCGGCGGCUGAUCGGUGGGGGCCAUAGUGGUGCCACGGCGAACGGCACGACGAUAGAACACGGAGACAAGACAAGAGAACAGUCAAGUUUUGCAGGGGGGGCUGUGAAUUCUCUCUCUCCCUCCCCCUCCCUGGAUGGAGAGGCUCUUCUUCUUCUUCUUUCUUCAGAAUCUGCUCUGCUAGCUAGCCACACCACAACGCUGUACAAUAAUACUACAGUGUAAUCUACUCCGCCAUGUUCAAAAUUUGAACUAGUUUUGCUUUUUGGCAACUCCUCAUCUUGAACAGUGUUGAGGACCGUGGGGUUUUUGUUGGGGCUAGCUUUUCCUUUGCUGGCCCUCCUUUUCCUCUGCAUCAGAGAUUGGCGUCUCUCAAGUCUGGACAAGCGCCUUUUUUGACCUGGCUUUGCGUCUUGCAUGUUAUAUGCCGGUUGAUAAUUAGGGGCCAGAUUUUAC